CCUGAGGAUGAAGUGCGUUGAUACCAAAACAGGACGUUUUGGACAGUGUUCGGUUGAAGUUCUGUUUUUGUGUUCAACAGCGUUUUGUAAUUCAGAAACCUGCACUAUAAGGUUUUAGUAACAAAUACUAAAGACAGAGGAGUUCGUGAACAGCAGUAAAGCAGCGUGCUGAGUUCAAGGUCCAACUCGGAUUUUAGGAAAACACGCAUGUUAGAUAAAACUUAAACAACAGAUCGAAAAAAAUGUCUGAGUCACUUGACAGUCGGACUAAAACGCUAAAUUUCAAUGUCGGGGUGCUCGGACACGUCGACAGCGGCAAGACGUCGCUCGCCAGGGCCCUGAGCAGCACAGCCUCAACGGCCGCCUUCGACAAGAACCCGCAGUCCCGUGAACGAGGCAUCACGCUGGACCUUGGCUUCUCCUCCUUCACGGUGGAUUUCCCAGAUCACCUGCAGGACAGCGGAGAGCAGCAGUACGACAGCCUUCAGUUCACCCUGGUGGACUGUCCCGGGCACGCCUCUCUUAUCCGGACUAUCAUUGGAGGUGCCCAGAUCAUUGACCUGAUGGUCCUGGUGGUGGAUGUGGUGAAAGGUGUGCAGACUCAGACUGCAGAGUGUCUGCUGAUAGGAGAGCUGACCUGCCCCCGCAUGGUUGUCGUCCUGAAUAAGACUGACCUGCUGCCACCUAACAAGAGACAAAGUGCCAUUGAGAAAAUGACCAAGAGGCUACACAAAACACUGGAGAGCACCAGAUUUAAGGAUUGUCCGGUGAUUGCAGUGGCGGCGAAGCCUGGGGGCCCAGAGGCCCCUGACACAGAGGAGCCACAGGGAGUGCCACAAUUAAUCGAGCUUUUAAAGAAACAGACAUACCUCCCUAAGAGAGACCCCAAAGGUGCCCUGCUCAUGGCUGUGGAUCACUGCUUCUCCAUCCGUGGUCAGGGAACAGUCAUGACCGGCACCAUCUUGCAGGGGUCACUGGCUAUUAAUGAUACAGUGGAAAUCCCAGUGCUGAAGGUGACCAAGAAAAUAAAGUCGGUGCAGAUGUUUCGGAAGCCGGUGUCGGGGGCCAUGCAGGGGGAUCGUGUGGGUGUGUGCGUGACUCAGUUCGAUCCCAAACUGUUGGAGCGCGGUUUGGUGUGCACCCCGGGCUCCCUGCGCACCCUCCAUGCAGCUGUUGUCUCUGUAAGGAAGAUAGGCUACUUUAAGGGCUCUCUUGCUACUCGUGCUAAGUUCCACAUCACAGUUGGUCACGAGACAGUCAUGGCAAGGGUGACCUUCUUUGGCCUGCCCCCCACUGACUCUAAACCAGCUCCAUCAGAGCCGUGCUCACUGGAAGCAGCCUUCACCUUUGACAGGGAAUAUGUCUACCAGGAUGAAUAUGCUUCCAGUCAGAGAGAUGGGAGUUCAGGGCCUGACCUGGAGCAGUGGGCCUUAUUAGAAUUUGAGCGACCGGUCACAUGCCCUGCGCUCUGUCUGGUAAUUGGAUCAAAGCUGGACUCGGACAUCCACGCCAACGCAUGCCGACUCGCCUUCCAAGGAUGCUUACUGCAUGGGUUCGAGGAUAAAAGCUACACUGAGACUUCGCUGCCUAGUCUGCAGAUCUACAAGACCAAACACAAGGAGGGACAGGUGGAGAGGGUGACUGAUGAUUACUCUCUGAUCGGCCGCAGUUUGUUCAAAAAGGAGACCAACCUCCAGCUCUUUGUGGGGUUAAAGGUCACACUGUCCACAGGCGAGAGCGGAGUCAUCGAGGGCGGCUUUGGACAGAGCGGGAAGUUCAAGAUUCGUAUACCCGAGGGUCUUCGCCCUGAGACCAAGCAGCUCUUCUCCUCCACGUCCAAGAAGAAGGGGAAGAGUGCGAGUAAAACAAACGAAGAGGAGCCCAAAGCAGACUUCAAGCCCAUUAGCAUUCACUUACAUUUCAAGCGAUAUGUUUUUGAUCCCCAUAAAAAGAUGGUUCAGUCUUGACCUUUGCUCACUUUUCUGAUUGUUGGUGCGUUAGCAGCAGGGAGCGCAGCGUCAGAGGCCUCUUCGAGGUGAGGUGUACUCCAGCUCUGCAGAUCAGGGAUACAUUAACCUACUUUGUCUUCUUUUCUUUGGGUGGAGACAGUUUACUGAAAUGUACUGAUGGUGGAAUGUUGAACACAAACAACGAUUGUUGGUCCAGUUCCUUUAAGGAGCUGGACGGAGUACCGUUGGCUCCAUCACAAGUGUCAAAUCUGCUCUG